AUGUUUGCAGAAAAUGUUCUGCGAGCGUGGGAAAGGAGUAGAAUUUCGGAAAGUACUGAUGAUGCUACAAGUCAGAGAUCCCUGGAAAAACUUAUGUGCUUUUUACGCCAUGAAGUCGAAUCAGAAGAAAUGAUACGUUUAGCUUGUGAAGGAUUCGGUAAAGAUAGGGGAAGUGGGGCUAUACGAAAAGAUUGUCAGAAAUCGGUCCAUAAAGAUGAACCCACUGCGGCUACGUUAAUUUCAAGUACAACUGGUGCAAAACUUAAUUGUAUUUUCUGUGACCGCCCUCAUCUAAGUCAAGACUGUCAAAAGUUAUCUGAUAUGAGUUAUGAGGGCAGAAAAUCGCAAGUUAUAAGAAAAAGAUGCUGUUUUGUUUGCCUUAAGGUUGGACAUUUAGCAAAAAGAUGUCAUAGUGGUGUGAGAUGCUUAAUUUGUAAACGGAGACAUUAUCCAUUACUUUGCCCAGAUUUACGCAAGGAAAAGGAAAGUAAUUUUUCGUCUAAGGACAGAACAGCCGAUAAUGAACAGAGAUCUACAGAAUCACUGCUAACAAAUCUUCCCUCUGAACAUGAAAUACAUCUCAAAACUAUUAUGAUCAGACUACGAAAUAGAGACUAG